UGCGUGCAAGAUGGAGCACCGUGGAGCAUCGUCGUCAUAGGUGGGCCAGGGGACGGAUCCUUUAGCGCGCCAGCGGUUCAUUGAGAUACGAUGUAAACACGCUCGCGACAGCAGCACUCACGCAUUCGCUCCACACAUUCGCUACUUAUUGCUUCACGAGUCGAUCGUUCUUUUCCUCGCGACCCCAGAGCGGUAUUUGACAUCCGCUCGUUCCUUCCCUGCGCUGCACGGCACUUUCCGCGCAAACGGCCGCCCUCCUACCCCAUUCACUGUUCUAGCUCUUUCCCGUUGCGACUACGCAAGUCGCGCCUGCAGUCACGCUGGAUUCACUUCACCUUGCACCCGUUCGCAAAAAGCGCGACGGUGACCAGACGAACAACAACGUGCGGCCACGCAUCAGUUCGGUGCGCAUAUCACAGAGCAGAGGCGGCGACGACGAGGACAAAAGCGCUGCGAGCCACGAGGGGGUAGGUAGAAUGCUCAUGCCCAAGAGCUAUUCGUGGAAGGCUGCUAGAGCGAGGUUGCCGCCGAGCAGGCAGGUAUUGCAUACCUUACGGAGUCCAAGGACAUGGGCGCUGUUUGGGGUGGUCGCGGUGUUGGCAUUGUUAUGGCGGUCAAUGGGGUCUGCCGCAGGGGAGAUGCAAAGGUUCUACUGCUGGGGACCCGCGAAAUCGCCCUUGCAUAUGACAGCAAACGAAAACGAGGAGUGGUAUAGACACCGCCAGACACCCGUCAUAUUCAAUCCACACAAGUCCAUCGCAAUCAACGAUAGCUCGAUCAAUUACGUGAAUCUGAACGAGAUACAGUCAACAGUCGAUGCGGUCAAGAAGCGGGAGCGCGUGCUCAUCCUUACGCCGAUACGCGAGGCGUCCAAACACCUCCCGCAACAUUUCGAUCUACUCAGUUCGCUGACGUACCCGCAUGAACUCAUAGAUCUCGCAUUUCUGGUUGGCGAUAGCGAAGAUGACACCAUGGCGGCUCUGGCAAAAGAGCUGGAGAGAGUACAGGGCAAUCCUGAGGUUGCUUUCCACUCUACCAUGAUCGUGGAGAAGGACUUUGGCGUGACGUUGUCACAAGAGGUGCAUGACAGGCACAGCUUUGAGGCACAAGGCCCGCGAAGGAAAGCUUUAGCACGGGCGAGAAACUACCUUCUUGCCACAGCGUUGAGGCCCGAGCAUAGCUGGGUGUACUGGAGAGAUGUGGACAUUCACGACAGCCCGCCCGAGAUUAUCGAGGACUUUAUUCUCCACGACAGAGACAUUCUCGUGCCGAAUGUCUGGUUCCAUAGGUACAGGGAAGUCAACGGAAAGAUGGUCGAUAUCGAGGGCCGAUUCGAUUACAACUCUUGGCAGGAAACCCCUGAAUCGCUCAAGGUCGUUGCCAAUGUCGAGAAAGACAAGGACCUGGUCCUCGCAGAAGGCUACAAGAACCUGAAGAUCUUUGGCCUCCGGAACCACAUGGCUCUUCAAGGCGACUGGCGCGAAGACAAAGAUGCUGAGAUUCCACUUGACGGUAUCGGUGGCGUUAACAUCAUCGUCAAAGCAGAUGUUCACCGGUCCGGCAUCAACUUUCCCUGCUACGCGUUCGAGAACCAGGCAGAGACGGAGGGCUUCGCCAAGAUGGCAAAAAGGGCGGGAUAUGGUGUGUAUGGGCUGCCAAACUACGUGGUGUGGCACGUUGAUACAGACGAAAGGCCGGGAAACGCGUAGACGUCCGAUGCCUAAGAUCUAUGUGUGGAUGAAGCAUUGGAUAUCUUGGGGUCGAGAAGGCCGGCGAGAGAUGGGUGAGAUGAACAUAUAUCCACGGAAGCGCUCCAGGAUAUUGCAUUUAGAGGGCGUUUAUUGUCAUGCAUUCACAGGGUUAUGGAGAGGCAGUCUAAAUGUGCAUUUGCAUAGGAGCGCCAAGCGUGGACCUCCCAGGUCUAGCGUGCAUAUGAGCGAUGGUAUGGUUGUAGCACUGGUUACCCUUUCAUAUGACGAAUGAUCACUAUGC